UCGUUGUCUAACAGGUGCAACCAGUGGCAUCGGUAAAGCAACCGCAAUCGAGCUGGCCAAAAGAAACGCAAGGGUACUGAUAACUGGUAAAGAAAAGGUCAAGGUCGAGGCAGUGGCGAGGAAUAUCAGGAAAAAAACCGGCAAUCAACAUGUCAAUGCUCAUGUCCUCGACCUUGCUAAUCUUAGAGGCAUUAGAGAAUUUUGUGAAAGCCUGAUCACAGAGGAAAAAUACCUGCACAUUCUCAUCAACAAUGCAGCUUACAUGGGCCCAAAGGCUGCCACAGACGAUGGAUUUGAGAAAUCUUUUGGUGUUAAUUAUUUGGGCCAUUUCUAUCUGACUCAUCUUUUGACGGAGAAGUUAAAGAAAAAUGCUCCAUCUCGUGUGAUCAAUGUGGUAUCUGACGCAUAUGCAUACGGUCAGUUAGACUUUGAAGAUAUUGCACUCAACAGGGGAUAUUCCACAUAUUCUGCCUAUGCGAGGUCUAAAUAUGCUCUGAUGAUGUGGAACUUGGAAUGUCACAGACGUCUGUACUCCAGUUGUAUCUGGUCUUUUGCUGUUCAUCCUGGUGCUUGUGCUACUGAGUUGUUGAGGAAUUACCCCGGCAUGUAUGGCAACCUGCUCAGAGUUAUCUCCAGAUUUAUGUUUAAGUCACCUGAAGAUGGUUGCCAAACUGUUGUCUACCUAGCUGUUGGAGACAGUCUCAGGGAUUUCUCAGGCAAAACAUUCGCCAACUGCAAAGUUAUGAAAACUCAAGAGAGAAUCAAAGACAAGGACACAGCAAAGAAAUUGUGGAAUCUAAGUGCACACCUCUGUGGCUUUGAGCCUGAAAUUCCUUAUGAAGAGCCAAGCCCAGUUCCAGAAACUCCUGCCUCAAGCACAGAGGAGAAAAAAGAACAGUAACUGAUAACCCAAUACUCUACAUCUUUCUUUGUGACAGCCAGUGUUCAAAGAUCAAAGAUACAUCUAGUAUGUGCACUCAUGUAUACAUGCAUGAGGAAAUUCUCCUAACACCACAGUCCACAAAGUUAUUGUUUCUUGUUGCCUUGUACAUACUUUUACAAGUUCAUCCAUUUUGUGCAAUAAAAUGUAAUUACACACUGCAAUAAAUGAUUUUCAAAGUGAUGAGAAUUCCAGCACAAAUGUUAUAGAAUUUUUUUCUUGAUAAAUGAGAGGGAAAUACUGAGAUUAAUUGUUACUAUUUAAUGUUGGAAAAUAAAGCAAAUUGAAAUGUUGCAAAUGAGUACUAAAUAUUUUAAAAUAACUUCCAACUAGUGUUUAUAAAGCAGAAUGUGUUUUUCUUGAAGAGUUUUGCUGUGUGUGUGUGUGUGUGUAGAGGCAAGUAGGCUACACAGUGUGCAUGUAGAAAAGGUAGAGAGCAGCACAUGUGCUCAAGAUUUAAGUAUUUGCCCACUCACUUUAUUUACUCAGAAAGUUAUGCAAGAUCUCUUGCUACUUAUAAUUCAAGUUCAUUGUUAGUAUUGUAAAACCGUUAUGAAUAAAUUAUGUUUUUAGAUUUAAAAUAUUUUACGCAUGAAUCAAGCAUGAUCUUAGCAUAGAUUUAUUAUGUUUAGGUGUGGUAUACUUUUAACAAUAAAAUAUUUAUAUCACUUAUAAA